AAACGGUCCCACCGUAUUAUUGUUCCCUCUAGUUUUCGCAGCAGGUGGAGCUGUAUUUAUCAGCUUUUAUAUUCUUACAGUCGGAACAUAUUAUUGUCCAAUAAUCUCAGAUUAAGCAGUUUAAAACAACGUUAAGGACUGAGACAGAGACAUGUUGGACUCAACACGUCUCACAGACAGAUAGAUGCGUUAUAGUUAACGUUAGUCAGUUAGUUCUGUUCGUCAGACUGAUACGCGUCUGCAGAGUCUCUUUAAUGUCUGAGUGGUGAGUAAACGCGGUGGUGCUGCUGGAGGUGAGUCUUACAGUAGCUAUGGAGACAGACCGGAGGACAGACAGCCGGACCUGGGACUGGGACAGUCCUCAGUGCCGAGCCCAGCUGGACGAGGUCUUCUUCCGUCGUCAUGACUACAUCCAGGCCGGCAGCCCGGAGCACAGAGACUUCUGGUCCUUCUUUGACCGCUUCCAGAGGUUUAAGACAAAGAAGGACAUGUCUGCUGGCUCGGGGACAAAAGAGGACAGAGAGGACGGGAGAAAGACUGGAAAGGUAGACCUCGGUCUUCCUAAAGAGUACGAUGCUCGCUACCGGAUCAAUGUGUCAGUGUGCACCGGGGAUGUGGAGGAGAAGCUGGGGAAGUCCCAGCACAGAGGCAGACAGAGGUCCUCAGGUCCAGGUAGACAGGAGGUCUCAGACUGCCGCCUGGCUCUCCUGCAUUUCCUGGACUUCAGCCAGAGACAGAGUUUUUUAAAGCUGGCCAAGCUCCGCCGGGAGCAGAAGACCCUGCCCAUCUUCCAGUACCGGGACCGGAUCGUGGAGCUGGUGCAACGUCACCCCGUGGUGGUGGUGGCGGGGGACACGGGCUGUGGGAAGUCCACCCAGGUCCCUCAGUAUCUCCUCUCAGCUGGAUUCAACCACAUAGCCUGCACGCAGCCAAGACGGAUCGCCUGUAUAUCUCUAGCCAAGAGGGUCAGCUUUGAGAGUCUCAACCAGUACGGAUCAAAGGUGGGGUACCAGAUCCGCUUUGAGACCACCCGGACCCCGGCCACCAAACUGCUGUUCCUGACUGAGGGGCUGCUGCUCCGACAGAUCCAGCAGGACAAGACGCUGGAGCAGUAUCAGGUGCUGAUCGUGGACGAGGUCCACGAGAGACACCUCCACUGUGACUACCUUCUCGGGGUUCUGCGCUCUCUGCUGACUGACCACCCGGACUUGCGGCUCAUUCUCAUGUCGGCCACCAUCAACAUCAAACUGUUCUCUGACUAUUUCAAUAGUGCUCCUGUGCUGCAGGUACCAGGCAGGCUGUUUCCUAUCCAGGUGAUAUACCAGCCCAUUCCACCCGAGGAGCAGCCCUCACGUUCAGAGAAACUGGAUCCCAGACCGUACCUGCGCAUCCUGCAGGGCAUCGAUCAGCGCUACCCUCCAGAGGAGCGCGGCGACCUGCUCCUCUUCCUCAGCGGCGUGGCGGAGAUCUCCGCCGUCCAGGAGGCCUGUCAGGUUUAUGCCACGCACACACGUCGUUGGAUCGUCUUACCGCUGCACAGCACCCUCUCGCUGGCCCAGCAGGAUAAGGUGUUUGACAUUUCUCCCCCUGGGGUGAGGAAGUGCAUCAUCUCUACUAAUAUUGCUGAGACCUCAGUGACAAUAGAUGGAGUGCGCUUUGUUGUAGACUCAGGGAAGGUAAAGGAGAUGAGCUUCGAUCCUAAGGCCAAGAUGCAGCGUCUGCAGGAGUUCUGGAUCAGCCGAGCCAGCUCCGAGCAGAGGAAAGGUCGAGCCGGGCGUACGGGUCCAGGAGUGUGUUACCGCCUGUACGCCGAGUCUGACUACGACGCCUUCGCACCUUAUCCCGUCCCUGAAAUCCACAGAGUGGCUCUGGACUCCCUCAUUCUUCAGAUGAAGAGCAUGUGUCUUGGAGAUCCACUUUCUUUUGUCUUCAUUGAUCCACCUCCAGCUGCUAGUAUCCAGACUGCAGUCACUUAUCUGAAGGAGCAGGGGGCGCUAGACGGUCGCGGUGAACUGACCUCUAUUGGUAGUUUGCUGGCGCAGCUGCCUGUGGAUGUGGUCAUAGGGAAGAUGCUGGUGCUGGGCUCUGUGUUUAAACUGCUGGAUCCCGUGUUGACGGUGGCGGCAGCCCUCAGUGUUCAGUCACCUUUCCUGCGCAGCUCACAGCACAACCCAGACUGCGCCACUGCCCGCCAGCCCCUGCACAGCAACCACGGAGACCCCUUUACCCUGCUAAACACCUUCAAUGCCUGGGUGGAGGUGAAGGGAGAGAGAGGCGGUGGCUCGAGGAAGUGGUGCCGGAGGAGAGGCCUGGAGGAGCAGCGUCUAUAUGAGAUGGUCAACCUGCGCAGACAGUUCAAGGACUUGCUGAAGAGCCACGGCCUGCUGGAAUCAGAGAGAAGCGCUCCCUCUGGUGGUGACCGCGUGCAGCGCAGAGAGAGGCUCACCGAGAGGAGGAAGCUGCAUCAGCUGAAGAGAGAUCACGAGAAGCAGGAGAGCAGCAGACGUAAAGUCCUGAGGAUGGACGAGGGCCAGGACGGAGAGUUCUCCUCGGGAUCAGACGCGGAGGGGGCCGGCAGAGGAAAGAAGGAUAAAGAGGGAUCAGGACAGGACGUGGACAUUCAGGAGGUGAAGUUCAAGUUGCGACACAACGUGUCGGAGCUGCAGGAGGCGGCCAACGUCAGUCAGGACAUGUCCUCCCGCCAGCAGGCUCUGCUCAAGCUGCUGCUUUGUCGAGGCCUCUACCCUCAGCUGGCGUUGCCCGACGAACACAACUCCACCCGCAAGGACUCCGAGCAGGUGUUUCACACAAGGAAUAAGCAGGGAGUGGUGAUCCACCCGACCAGUGUGUUUGCCAGUGACCCGGAGGUGUUACAAGUGCCUGAGGAUGACACCAGAGAAAUGGGGCCUGAUAGACGGGACAGCAGCAGACACCAGCUGCUAGCCUUCGUCACUCUGUUGGAGACCAACAAGCCGUAUUUGUCCAACUGCGUGCGGGUUCCAGCACUGCAGGCUCUGCUGCUGGUAGCAAACUCUGUGGACAGUAACGCCGACUGUACGCGUCUGGUGGUGGACGGCUGGCUGGAGCUGGAGCUGAGGGAGCCGGAGGAGGCCCUGAAGGUGCUGUCCACAGCUCUGACCCUCAGGGCCGAGUGGGAGCGCCUCCUGUUGACCCAGCUGGGACAGAGCACUAUGAAGGGAUCGGAAGCUCAGGGGGUGCCCCGCAAAGUCACGGAGAAGCUGAGCGAAAGCCUGGUCCGCUUCCUGCUCUACACUGAGGUCACUUACAGCCUACGGCGACUCACAGCUUUCCAGACCCAGAACCUGUACGUCGGCCCUCGGUCUCAGUCUGAGCUGUCUCCCACAAAAGCUCCAGAUGUGAACCCGCUGUUUCCAGGAGUCGAGGCCAAGCCGGACCCCAUUAAAGGAGGCCUGCGUGUCUCCGGCUUCUUCAACUACAACUGUCUGGCUAACUCAAAGGAUCUCUACAGCGAGUGUUUACGUACUUUCUGGAGCUGUCCUAACUGUGACCUCUACAUGCCUCUGACUCCACUGGAACGCAUGCAGCACGAGGCCUCCUGCAGGCCGGCAGGAGAACAGCAGCAGACGGAGGAAGGGCCAGAAGAUGGAAAGGCGAGCUCCUCCUCAGCGUCCAGCCUCAACAGAGUUUAUCACUGUGACGUCUGUAAUGAAGACCUGACCCUCACCUCCACCGAGAUCCUCAAACACAAAAGGCACCACAUGUACUCUGCCAAGUAACUGACCACAGCACCUAAAGGACAACAGCUAAUCACAAACGGACAGAUUUGAGUUUAUAGAAUGAAGUUGUUGUCACAUUUGUGUCACCGUUCUUCUUCCCAUUUGUACUUGAGUAACUUUAUUAAAGCACUAUUACUUCCCUCUAA